GGGCGGGAGCGCUGCAGGGCGAGGCGGAGGCAGGGGCGCCUCCCCCCGCCCUGCCGCCCCCUCGUUCUUAUUCCCGUCACCUCCCAUCCCUCUCCUUGACUCUUCUCCAAUUCCUCUUCUCCCGGCCCCUCGCGCCUUCCUUCGCUUGUUGCUCCAUCGCUCUUCCCUUUCCUCCCGGUAACAGCUCUUCUCCCGCUCCCCUGACCCCGUCGCCCCUCCCCCGGUGCGCUUUUUCCUGGCUCACUUCUCCCCUCUCCUCUGCCCUCUACUCGUUUCUUCAGCUUUUCCUCGCGCUUACAUUGCCCUUGGGCCCCUGGCUCUCCCCGCACAAUCCGCUUCUCUCCUUCCCCCUGAACCCCUUCCCGACCCCCACUCUCUGGGCCGCCAGCGCAGCCCCGCAUUCCUGGGUUCCUCGGGCAGUAAACCUGGCGGCGCUCUGCGGCCCCGGGUGCCCCGGCGGCCAGCCCCUUCCCUCUCCCUUGUAUGGCUGCCGCCCCCGCCCCACCACCUGAGCCGGGAGAUAGUUUGUUUGUCCAGCGGCGGCCGCCGCCGCCCGCGCUGUUUGCAAAGCUUAGCGCGCCGUCUCGCAGUGCGGGCCCAAUUAAGUCUCAUUCAUUAUUCAGCGCUCCUGUCCGCCCCCGCUCCCCUGCAGUCUGAGGCGUUGCUUUGGGGCCCCUCCCAGCCUAGGCCCCUCAGUGACCCCUAAGAGGUCAUAUAGAGAGCAGCAUUUCCUCUCUAGGCCGAGAUGAGGGCUGAGGGCGUUUGGAGGGAAGCGCUCUGCCUACUGCCGGGAGGUGACACCCGCCAGGCCGACCGUCCCCCGAAGCCCCCGCAAGUCCAGACUGGGGGACCUCGGAGAUCCACGAGAUUUCCAGAGAAGGAAAUUGAGGCCCAAGAAGCUGCAUUACUUAGCCAAGUUCACGGAGUAGAACCCGGGAUUGGAGCCCGGGACAUUGAAAUGAAGGCGUCUUGCAUUGCAGCUCCGUGGCAGCGCAGAGGCGCAGGAACGCAGACUACCCCGAGCCUCGGGCUGCGGCCUCGCCCUCCUGGUCGAGCCUCCUGCCCUCCAACCCUCUGCUCCCGUUUCUCCCUCUGGUUCAUAGCCCGCGGGACAGAGCAGCCCUGGAUUGGGAGGCUCCUCAGGUCUCAGGCUCAGGUGCAGAAGCAGAGCCCCUAACUGGAAGGCUCCGAGGGAAUAGGAGGUGGAACCAUCCAGUCUUGAAGGUCAACGGAGCGUGAAGAGAGGAGCGUGCAGCUUGAGGUGAGGGAGGAGUCACCUUUCUAUUUGUGGGGGUGGGAAGAGGUAAUCAAGGACGUAUUCUUGCAUUUACAGGAGUUUGUCCUUUUUUUAGCACUACAGAUAGGAGCGUCCCUUGCUCCUGCCAGGCAGCCCCUCCAUAGGGGCAGUCCUGUGCUGCUGUGCCUCGGUACCCGCACAAGGUGUCUGGGGACCGCCCGGACCCGCCCUUCCGUUGGCGGCAGCGCCACCUGGCGGCCAUGGUGCCGUGGUGUGGGAGGUGCUGGGCCUGGGCUGGGCACUGAGCCCACUCGAGCUGCAGGCGUCUGCAGAGCCUUGCACCGAGUUUCCCCGCGAGGGCAGGUGGGAGGAGUCCCAGGCGGGAAUGUGAUCCCGAGGGGGUCGGGGAGGGCCCUGGGGAGGAGACUGGCCUGGGGAGGCCGGACUUCCGUGACACAACAGACACAAAAGACAAAGUCCAUUUGGAUGGAAGUGGGAGCAGGGCGAGACGGGCCAUUUUCACUCUGCGGUCAAAGGAAAUGAUUGGUCUGACUCGGUCUGGGAGCGGGGCACCCAGGGUCUAAGGAUAACUCUGGGGCCAUGACAGCCAUGAGUCUCACAGAGGACCCCGAGACUUCUGUGCUGCGAGUAACCGGACUUGUUCUGAGACCUUUGCCCUAGAGGAUGGCCAAGGGGCUCCUGGUGACCUAUGCCCUCUGGGCUGUGGGGGGCCCUGCUGGGCUCCACCACCUGUACCUGGGAAGGGACAGCCACGCCCUGCUCUGGAUGCUGACUCUGGGAGGAGGUGGGCUGGGCUGGCUCUGGGAGUUCUGGAAGCUCCCAAGCUUUGUAGCUCAGGCCAACAGAGCCCAGGGACAGAGGCAGAGCCCCAGAGGGGUGACACCCCCUCUGAGUCCCAUUCGCUUUGCUGCCCAGGUGAUAGUUGGCAUCUAUUUUGGCCUUGUGGCACUGAUUAGCCUUUCUUCCAUGGUCAACUUCUAUAUUGUGGCCCUCCCACUGGCAGUUGGCUUAGGGGUCUUGCUGGUGGCUGCUGUUGGCAACCAGACCUCAGACUUUAAGAACACUCUGGGGGCAGCAUUUCUCACUUCACCUAUCUUCUAUGGCCGCCCCAUAGCCAUACUGCCCAUUAGCGUGGCCGCCAGCAUUACAGCUCAGAAGCAUCGCCGCUACAAAGCUUUGGUGGCAUCAGAGCCGCUCAGUGUGCGGCUCUACCGUCUGGGCUUGGCUUACCUUGCUUUCACAGGCCCACUGGCAUACAGUGCCCUCUGCAACACAGCUGCCACCCUCAGCUAUGUGGCAGAAACCUUUGGCUCCUUCUUGAAUUGGUUCAGCUUCUUCCCCCUUCUUGGCCGCCUCAUGGAGUUUGUCCUCCUUCUGCCUUACCGGAUCUGGAGACUACUGAUGGGGGAGACUGGCUUCAACAGCAGCUACUUCCAGGAGUGGGCGAAGCUCUAUGAGUUUGUUCACAGUUUUCAGGAUGAGAAGCGUCAGCUGGCUUACCAGGUGCUGGAAGGAUAUUCUGGCUUCUUUGGAUAUCUGUGUGCAAUGGGCAAAGGUUACAGAGGCUGUAAUAGCUGGAAUUCUAACCUGAGCUGCUGGACCUUUCCCACGGGUUUUGGGCCUCUCAGAAGGGGCAACAAAUGAAGAAAUACAUCGGAGUUACCGGGAGCUAGUGAAGGUCUGGCACCCAGACCACAACCUGGACCAGACAGAGGAGGCACAGAGGCACUUCCUGGAGAUCCAGGCUGCGUAUGAAGUCCUGAGUCAACCCAGGAAGCCCAGGGGAUCCCGGAGGUGAAAAGAAACUUCCCCCUGAGGAUUGACUCUUCCUAGCAGAGCUGGGCAACUUGUCCCAAAUCUAGCUUUGCCCACGAAUGGCAUCCCAACAGAGUUAAAAAAAACUGCUUGCAAGGGCCGGGCGUGGUGGCUCACGCUGGUAAUCCCAGCACUUUGGGAGGCCGAGGCGGGUAGAUCACGAGGUCAGGAGUUCAAGACCAGCAGCCUGGCCAACAUAGUGAAACUUCGUCUCUACUAAAAAUACAAAAAAUUAGCCAGGAGUGGUGGCAGGCACCUGUAGUCCCAGCUACUUGGGAGGCUGAGGCAGGAGAAUCACCUGAACCUGAGAGGCAGAGGUUGCAGUGAGCCGAGAUCACGCCACUGCACUCCAGCCUGGGCAAGAAGAGUGAAACUCCGUCUCAAAAAAAAAAAAAAAAAAAAAAAGAAAAGAAACUGCUUGCAGGGGACAUGAGAAAACCUUAAUGGGGUGAGAAAACGUUGUGGUAGAAGAAUGUGUUUAUAUUCUGAAUUUCUGGAUUCUUGGCUAUUGCAUUCUUGACAAUUUUUCUUAAAACCAGAGAGUGAAAGCCAUAUUAUAAAACAAUCAAAUAUCGUUUAGAGUAUGGACAACUAUUAUAUAUCAAUAAAAAAUUAAUUAGAAAAAAUAUAUCUUUUAGAGAACACACCACCUUAUCCCACCCAUGAUAUAUUGAUGUGUGAUGGAGAAAGGUUAUUUAACUAUUUUUUUUAAAUGUGUAAAGCAGCAGGGCAUAGUGGCUUACGCCUGUAAUCCCAACACUUUGGGAAGCUGAGGUGGGAGGAUCACCUGAGGUCAGGAGUUCAAGACCAGCCUGGCCAACCGACAUGGUGAAACCCCAUCUCUACUAAAAAUACAAAACAGCCAGGCAUGGUGGCGCAUGCCUGUAGCCCCAGCUAGUCGGGAGGCUGAGGCAGGAAAAUCAUUUGAGCCCGGGAGGUGGAGGUUGCAGUCAGCUGAGAUUGAGCCACUGUGCUGUACUCCAGCCUGGGCAGCAGAGCUAGAUUCUGUCUCAAAAAUUAAAUAAAUAAAUAAAUACAUACAUAAAUGUGUAAAGCACUAUGUUAGGAGAUUGAAGGAAAAAUAUGAAGGUUCUAGUAUUCACAAGCUGUCCUGUGAUAAGAGAGAUUUGAUCUUUUCUGUAGAUGGGGAUUAAAUUUCAAAAUUUGAGAAAAAUAUUUUCAUUCCAUUUAUGGGAGAACUUUCUAUCAGCUACACUUUCUCCAAAAAGGAACAAGCUACUGUGGAGUGGGGGGUAGUUCUUCCUCCUCUGCUUAGAGGAGAAUUUUUGGAGAGCUCUCAGACUUUACAUAGGUGGUUGGACUGGCUGACUUCUCAGGUCUUCCCAGUAUUUGAGGUCUGAUUCUGGGCUACAUACCCUACUCCUAGAAGCAUACAAUCUGAUGGGAGAUAAUGACACAGGUACACAGAUAUCAAAGUCCUUGUUCAGUGUUUUGAACUAAAUGUCAUAAGAGCUGUAAAUAGUGUAUUGGGACAUUGGAGGAGGGACAGAUAACAUUGUUUUAUGGGGACUCAGAAAGAUUCAUGAUUUUAUAUGUCAUAUGUCCCUUUGGGGACUUUGGGGAACCCUAGGGAACCAGCAGCUAGAGCAUCUCAAGGGGGCCUUAUUCAAUUCUAGGUAACUAGCCAGGUGUGAAAGAAAGGGCCCAGGGUGUCUCACUUUGCAGAAGAUUGGAGACCAGGAACAUGAUUUUAAAUUAUGUGCCUUUACUGCAGCUUUCUUGCUCUCUUUGUGUGUGUGCAUUCUUUACAUUUUUUUCUUCUUUCUGGAUGUUAAAUCUGAGUAAUAUAUAUAAUUUUUAAAGUGGAAUUAUGACCAGGCAUGGUGCCUCUUGCCUGUAAUCCUGGCACUUUGGCAAGCCAAGGCAGGAAGACUGCUUGAGCCCAGGAGUUCAAGACCAGCCUGGGCAACAUGGCAAAACUCCGUCUCUACAAAAAGUACAAAAAUGUGCCAGGUGUUGUGGGGUGCGCCUGUAGUUCCAGCUAAGGAGGCUGAGAUCGGGAGGAUCACUUGAACCCAAAAAGUGGAGGCUGCAGUGAGCUGAGAUUGUACCACUACACUCUAGCCUGAGUGACACAGUGACAGCCUGUCUCAAAAAUACAAAAAUAAAUAAAUAAAUAAAGUGGAAUUAUGUUGACGACUGUUCUCUCUCUCUCUUUUUUUUUUUUUUGAGAUGGAGUCUUGCUCUGUCACUCAGGCUGGAUCUGAUCUUGGCUUACUGCAACCUCUGCCUCCUGGGUUCAAGCAAUUCUCCUGCCUUAGCCUCUCGAGUAGCUGGGAUUACAGGCACCUGCCACCACACCCAGCUAAUUUUUGUAUUUUUAGUAGAGAUGGGGUUUCACCAUGUUGGCCAGGAUGGUCUCAAUCUCUUGACCUCAUGAUCCGCCCGCCUUGGCCUCCCAAAGUGCUGGGAUUACAGGCAUGGGCCACCAUACCUGGCCACU